GAGUUGCAGCCAUGCUGUUCUGGCACACACAGCCCGAGCACUACAACCAGCACAACUCCGGCAGCUACCUGCGCGAUGUGCUCGCUCUGCCCAUCUUCAAGCAAGAGGAGCCCCAGCUGUCCCCCGAGAACGACGCCCGCCUCCCGCCCCUGCAGUACGUGUUGUGCGCAGCCACGUCCCCUGCCGUCAAGCUGCACGAGGAGACUCUGACCUAUCUCAACCAAGGUCAGUCUUAUGAAAUCCGACUGCUGGAGAAUCGGAAGCUGGGAGACUUCCAAGAUCUGAACACAAAAUAUGUCAAGAGCAUCAUCCGUGUGGUUUUCCACGACCGCCGGCUGCAGUACACAGAGCACCAGCAGCUGGAGGGAUGGCGCUGGAGCCGGCCCGGGGACAGGAUCCUGGACAUCGAUAUUCCACUGUCUGUUGGUAUCUUGGACCCCAGGGCCAGCCCGACCCAGCUGAACGCAGUCGAAUUUUUAUGGGACCCUUCAAAGAGAGCCUCGGCAUUCAUUCAGGUGCACUGUAUCAGCACCGAGUUCACUCCCAGGAAGCACGGGGGCGAGAAGGGCGUGCCUUUCCGGGUGCAGAUCGAUACAUUUAAGCAGAACGAGAAUGGGGAGUACACAGAGCACUUGCACUCGGCCAGCUGCCAGAUCAAGGUGUUCAAGCCAAAGGGAGCUGACAGGAAACAGAAGACCGACCGGGAAAAGAUGGAGAAAAGAACGGCCGAGGAGAAGGAGAAGUACCAGCCAUCCUACGAGACCACCAUUCUCACAGAGUGCUCCCCGUGGCCGGACAUGGCCUACCAGGUGAACAGUGCUCCAUCUCCAAGCUACAACGGCUCUCCAAACAGCUUCGGCCUUGGUGAAGGGAACAGUUCCCCGACGCACCCGGUGGAGACCGUGCCGCUGGGCAAUGAUCACCUGCUUCCGUCAGCCUCCAUCCAGGAUGCCCAGCAGUGGCUCCACCGAAACAGGUUCUCACAGUUCUGCCGGCUCUUCGCCAGCUUCUCGGGUGCUGACUUGCUGAAGAUGUCUCGGGAGGAUUUGGUCCAGAUCUGUGGGCCUGCAGAUGGGAUCAGACUCUUCAAUGCCAUCAAAGGCCGGAAUGUGAGGCCAAAGAUGACCAUUUACGUCUGUCAGGAGCUGGAGCAGAGCCGAGCGCCACUGCAGCAGAAGCGGGAUGGUGGUGGGGACAGCAGUCUUUGUGUGUACCAUGCCAUCUUCUUGGAAGAGCUGACUACCUUGGAGCUGGUUGAGAAGAUCGCCAACCUGUACAGCAUCUCCCCCCAGCAUAUCCACCGAGUCUACCGGCAGGGCCCCACGGGCAUCCACGUGGUGGUGAGCAAUGAGAUGGUGCAGAAUUUCCAAGAUGAGUCUUGUUUUAUCCUCAGUACCUUAAAAGCCGAGAGCAAUGAUGGCUACCACAUCAUCCUGAAAUGUGGCCUCUGAGCAGAAGUAGCAUGUAUAAAGGAGAGCCUCCCACCCCCAGCCCUGUGGAUUCCCUCGGAUGUAGAGAUUGCACCACUAUAAGCUGUGGCCUCUCCUGGCAAGCUGUGACCAGGAGGGACUUGGCCCAGUCUGUGAAAACCACGGACCAGUAACCAGCAGAAACCCGGGGGUGCGGUCUCUGGCAUGCAGAAAGCCAGGGGCUCCUCUCUCCCUUCCUCUUGGCCUCCAGCUUUUGAAUGGUUCUUUGUUCUUUGCCUGCUGUUCUAAAGAGGCACAUAGCGGGGACAUCUUCUCUGAAACCCUGCUAGUUCUUUGGGUAUCUUGGUGCCACUGUAUACUUCUGCCACUCCCCUGCCUCCAGGGAAGGCCCUGGCUCACCCCUAACCUUCUCCUUGACAAGGACUGCUGAAUGGAUGUAGGUGGUUUGAGUCCAUUCUGUCUUCCUGUUGGUCUCCCUCCUCAGAGACCCUGGUGAGCAUCGUCUCUCUGAUUCUUGGAUGGAUUGAUGGGAAUGGGAUUUAUUCUGUGCCUUCUGCUUCUCUCACCUUGACUCUUGUUUCUAAGGACCUGCCGCCACAGUGCCCAGAGAUGGGUUUUCCAGUCUCUGCAUUUGCCAUGUAUACAGCAUAGUCCAUGUGUAGGACCCACCAUCAGACCUGGGUCUACACCAUUGGGAGGGAGGGAGAGAAAAAACUGUUCCCAGGUACAUUGUCACAAGUAUAAAAGGGAUGAGACAAGAUGAUUUUUUUUUCUUUUUCUUUU